UCUACGACUUCGUAUUUUGUCGUUUCGGUUCGGUGCUCGCACUGAUAUAAUCGCUAUACGAAGUCAAAAUAAUCUUCAUGGAAAUUUUUUGAAAUUAUUUAGGUUAAGUUGUUAACAUUUUUUAAAAUUAUUUUAAUAUUACGUUGAUAAUUUUCUUCGCAUUAAAAUGGAACAAAAACUAAAAGAAUUCGCCAAAGAAUUAUUUUCAAUUGACGCUAUCAAAUUUGGAGAAUACAAAACUAAAGUGGGUCUCAUGACCCCAGUUUAUUGCGAUUUAAGGGUCAUUGUAAGCUAUCCUAAAUUAAUGGAAACUUUAGCAGAUUUGUUGAUAUGGAAGAUUCAAAAUGUAGAAAGAUAUGAUUUGAUUUGCGGUGUACCAUAUACAGCUUUACCUAUAGCUACUGUAGUUUCAAUAAAAACUAGCAUUCCUAUGGUGAUGCGCAGAAAGGAAGCCAAAGAUUACGGCACCAAAAAGCUGAUAGAAGGUGUCUUCAAGCCAGGAGACAAUUGUUUAAUUGUCGAAGAUGUAGUCACCUCAGGAAGUAGCAUACUGGAAACAGUCAAAGAUUUGACAGGAGCGACCUUAAAAUGCACCGACGCCAUUAUUUUGUUGAACAGAGAGCAGGGCGGAGAGCAGUUUUUGAAAAAUAACGGAAUCAAAAUGCACGCUUUGCUAAGCAUGACCCAACUCAUGCAGAUAUUACACGAAGCUGGAUGCAUUGAUAAGGCGACUGUUCAAAAAGUUGAAAAUUAUUUGGCCACAACGAAAGUAGACGAGUCUGUUAUGAAGAAAAGUGUACCUGAUAAUCGCCUUAUCCUGUCUUUCGAAGCCCGUGCCAAACUCGCCAAAAACCCUAUUUCGGAGCAAUUAUUUAAAAUAAUGCGCUGCAAACAAACUACCCUGUGUGUAGCCGUCGACAUUUUGAAUUCCACCGAUUUGCUUAAUUUCGCAGAACGAGUUGGCCCUCAUAUUUGCGCCCUCAAAACGCACAUCGAUAUUUUAGAAGACUUCCACCCUAAUCUGUUGCAACCCUUACAAGAAAUUGCCAAAAGCCACAAUUUUCUCCUGUUUGAAGACAGAAAAUUUGCCGAUAUUGGAAAAACUGUCGAAUAUCAGUACAGCAAAGGUUUAUACAAAAUAUCAUCCUGGGCGCCUUUGGUGACUGUCCAUUCGCUUAUGGGUCGUGGUGUUUUAGAUGCCAUCAAAACCAGCGAGGGUUUGGAAAAGAGAGGCGUGUUUUUGCUAGCAGAAGCGAGCGCAGCUGGUAAUUUGAUUUCCGACAAUUAUGUAAAAGAAACUAUAAAAAUGGCCGAGGAAUAUCCGGAGCUCAUCGCAGGCGUUGUUUGUCAAAAUCCCCUAUUUCUGAACAAUCCUGGAUUAAUACAGCUGUGCCCCGGCGUCCAAAUGGAGAACAAGCAGGAUAAUUUGGGCCAAAGGUAUAACUCGCCUUUGACUGUGGUGCUCGAAAAGGGGGCGGAUAUAGCGGUCGUCGGUCGGGGAAUCACGCAAUCUUCAGAUCCGGCGUGUGCAGCUGAACGUUACAAAAAAAUGUUGUGGGAUGCUUAUCUUCAAAGAAUUGAGAGCAGCAGUUGAUAUAAAGAAAAUUUUAUGAAUUAAUUAUAAGGAGAAAUUCUCAACAUUCCUGUAGUUGCAUUACUUACACUAAGCAGUUGUAGAAAUUGUUUUAUAUAUUUUAUGUUAAAAACUGUCAAAUAAAAUUUUUAUGAUAGA